GGCGGGGCUUCGUCCAGGCGCGUAGGGACCCGCCGGCCUCGCCCUCCCGCGCCGCUCUCCGAUUGGCCGGCGCCCGCGGGGCAUUGUGGGCCGCCCGCGCGCCCGUCGCGUCGCCGCCGCAGCAGCAGCCCCCUCGGCCUUGCUAUGUCGAGCUCACCCGUGAAGCGUCAGAGGAUGGAGUCGGCGCUGGACCAGCUCAAGCAGUUCACCACCGUGGUGGCCGACACGGGCGACUUCCACGCCAUCGACGAGUACAAGCCCCAGGAUGCUACCACCAACCCGUCCCUGAUUCUGGCCGCAGCGCAGAUGCCCGCUUACCAGGAACUGGUGGAGGAGGCGAUCGCCUAUGGCCGGAAGCUGGGCAGGUCACAAGAGGACCAGAUUAAAAAUGCUAUUGAUAAACUUUUUGUGUUGUUUGGAGCAGAAAUACUAAAGAAGAUUCCUGGCCGAGUAUCCACAGAAGUAGACGCAAGGCUCUCCUUUGAUAAAGAUGCGAUGGUGGCCAGAGCCAGGCGGCUCAUCGAGCUCUAUAAGGAAGCUGGGAUCAGCAAGGACCGAAUCCUUAUAAAGCUGUCAUCAACCUGGGAAGGAAUUCAGGCUGGAAAGGAGCUCGAGGAGCAGCACGGCAUCCAUUGCAACAUGACGCUACUCUUCUCCUUCGCCCAGGCCGUGGCCUGUGCUGAGGCGGGUGUGACCCUCAUCUCCCCAUUUGUUGGGCGCAUCCUUGAUUGGCAUGUGGCAAACACCGACAAGAAAUCCUACGAGCCCCUGGAAGACCCUGGGGUAAAGAGUGUCACUAAAAUCUACAACUACUACAAGAAGUUUGGCUACAAAACCAUUGUCAUGGGCGCCUCCUUCCGCAACACGGGCGAGAUCAAAGCACUGGCCGGCUGUGACUUCCUCACCAUCUCACCCAAGCUCCUGGGAGAGCUGCUCCAGGACAACGCCAAGCUGGCGCCCGUGCUCUCCACCAAGGCGGGUGAGGCCCCACUGCCCGGCUGUGGCUGCUGCUUCAGGACAGCGCCAAGCUGGUGCCCAUGCUCUCCACCAAGGCGGCCCAAGCCAGUGACCUGGAAAAAAUCCACCUGGAUGAGGCGGCUUUCCGCUGGCUGCACAACGAGGACCAGAUGGCUGUGGAGAAGCUCUCCGACGGGAUCCGCAAGUUUGCCGCUGACGCAGUGAAGCUGGAGCGGAUGCUGACGGAACAAAUGUUCAAUGCAGAGAACGGAAAGUAGUGCAACUCUGAGGGGGGACUCCAGGUCUGCACCGUCGGCCAGCUGGGGUCUGACUGCACAUGGCUUCUGAUGAAUCUUGCGUUUUUUACAAAUUGGAGCAGGGAUAGAUCAUAGAUUUCUGAUUUUAUGUAAAAUUUUGCCUAAUACAUUAAAGCAGUCACUUUUCC